AUGGUGCGAUUGACUAACGGCAUGGGCGUCCAGGUGGAAGACACCAAGGUCUGCGUGGUCAUGGUGGGCUUGCCAGCGCGAGGAAAGAGCUUCAUCGCCCAAAAGGAGGCCAAGACAUUCAAUGUCGGCAACUACGCCGUGAGAACGGGCUGCUCAGCCACCGCCGACUUCUUCGACGUCAAGAACCGUGAGGGCGAGCAGAAGCGCCGCGCUGCCGCUGAGGCUGCCAUCGCCGACAUGAUGACCUGGUUCCAGAAGGAAAAUGGCACUGUCGCCAUUCUUGACGCGACCAACUCCACGAAAGACCGCCGCAAGUGGGUUUUGGACCGCUGCACGAAGGAGGGCGUUGAAGUCAUUUUUGUUGAGAGCAAGUGUGAUGAUGAAGACCUCAUCAUGGCCAAUAUUCGUGACGUCAAGGCCACUUCGCCCGAUUACGCUGGCCAAGACCCCGAGCAGGCGGCACUCGACUUCCGCAACCGCAUUCGCAAUUACGAGCAGGUGUACACGUCGAUCGACGAAGAUGGUGACGAAAACAGCUACACGUUCCUCAAGAUUAUGGAUGUCGGCAAGCAAGUCAUCAUCAACCGCAUUCAGGACUACCUGCAGAGCCGCAUUGUCUAUUAUCUUAUGAAUCUCCAUAUCCGCCCGCGCUCCAUCUGGCUGUCAAGACACGGCGAGUCGCUGUACAACCUCGACGGCCGCAUUGGCGGCGAUACCAUGCUGUCGCCUCGCGGUGAGCAAUACGCUCGCAAACUGCCCGAGCUCGUGCGUGAGUCCGUCGGCGACGACCGCCCCUUGACGGUCUGGACAUCAACCCUCAAGCGCACCAUCGCCACAGCCCGUUUCCACCCGCCUCACUACAACCAGCUCCAGUGGAAGGCGCUCGACGAGCUCGACUCUGGCGUCUGCGAUGGCCUGACGUAUCAGGAAAUCAAGGACCGCUACCCUGACGACUUUGCAGCCCGCGACGAGGACAAGUACAACUAUCGCUACCGUGGCGGCGAGUCGUACCGCGACGUGGUUAUCCGCCUGGAGCCCAUCAUCAUGGAACUCGAGCGCUCUGAGGACAUCCUCAUCGUCACGCAUCAAGCCGUGCUGCGUUGCAUCUACGCUUACUUCAUGAAGAAGGACCAGUCCCAAAGCCCGUGGAUGAACGUGCCGCUGCACACCCUCAUCAAGCUCACUCCCCGCGCGUACGGCACCGAGGAGGUCCGCUAUGAGGCCAACAUCCCCGCCGUCAGCACAUGGCGUGGCAAGGGUAGCACGGCGAAGAACGAGAACCCCACGCCUGAGACCAUCUAG